AUGAAUCAGUGUACGUGUGGUAAAACUUUCUCGCGGUCAGAUAACCUUCGUAGACAUAUGGGUGUCUGUAACAAAAGUCACUCGCGUGUGUACAUGUGUAAUAAAUGUGGGAAAACUUUCACACGAGAUUCUAAUUUAAAACGUCAUACAGGUAAUUCCUGUGAUGUCGCCUGUCCGAUUCCAAGAAAAAGACUAAGACCGAUAGGUAUUGAAGUGCUCGAAAGUGGUGUUACGAAACUAACACAUGCGUUUAAAAAUAGAAUAGCCUCAUACCGGUUUAUGACCCAAAAUAACAAAAUUAACUAUUUCGGUUUCAUGAAUGAUAUAAAACCAAAAGUAACCCGAAUUCUCAGCGAAUAUCUUGAUCAGCACACAGCGCUUAAAGUUAACUGUGAACUUUUUGCGAUGUUUUACAAACCCGAUAAUGGUAUUUCGGAUAUUAAGUCAAUGAAUACAUCAAAUAAAAUUAUCACUUUGAGUAGUGAUAUAUCCGAUGUAUAUGACGACUUUGCUGAAGCGAUAUUGACACAAGCAUCGGAGUUCCAGGAAAAAGAUUCCAACUGGGCACUUCAGGAAAUUAUAUUCCUAGAUGUUAAUAUUAAUAAAUUCAGUAGCAUUUCUGCUUCAUCAUAUAUUAAUCUUCCAUGGCAGAUUAAAAGGAAAGGAGCCAUUUUAAAUAUUAAAAACAAAGACAACAAGUGUUUUGCUUAUUGUGUGCUGGCAAGUAUAUUUCCUGCUACAGGUGACGCGACGAUGCCAGAGUUAUAUCCUCCAUGUGAUACACUUCUAAACUUUGAAGGUAUUGGGUUCCCGGUUAAGUUAAAAGAUAUUAACAAGUUCGAGAUUUUAAACAAUAUAUCGGUUAACGUGUAUGGCCUUCAAUCAUAUCUUAAAGAAAACAAGACGCAAUAUGAAAUUGUAGGACCACUUUACUAUAGUCAACACCAUAAACCUACACAUGUUAAUCUUUUAAUGAUAAAUGAUAGUGAUCGGAGUCAUUACUGUCUCAUAACAGACUUAUAUCGCCUGGUAUAUACUCAAAAAACAACACAUAAAGGAAAACAAUAUUUCUGUGAUGGGUGUCUUCAAACUUUCUCUACCUUUGAAAAGCUGAGAAAUCACCAAGAAAAUGAUUGUUUACAUAUUUCGACAAUACUUCCAACCAGUGAACCAAGAGUUAACAAGUGUGGUGAAACCCUUCCAUCGAACAUUCUAAAAUUCGUUAAUAUUGAAAAAACAAGUCCACACCCGUUUGUAAUUUAUGCUGACUUUGAGUCGAUUCUUAAGCCAAUAGACCAUUGUAAUCCAUCAGAUGGACAAUCUUAUACAAUCAAAGUCGCAGAACACCAGCCUUAUUCAUUUUGUUUCUACCUCAAGUGUUUUUUUGAUGAUGGCUUAUCAAGAUUGGAAACAUAUCAGGGUGAGGACGCUGCUAAAGUUUUUGUUCAAAAGUUAGAUGCUUUAGCUAUUAAUCUAUACCAAAAUCACCUAAAGCAUGUCAAACCAAUGGUGCCUUUGACUAGUGAAGAAAACCAGAAUUUCCAGAACGCCACCAAAUGUUCCAUUUGCCAGAAGCCAUUUUCCUUGUCGGAUACCAGAGUGAGAGAUCAUUGCCAUCUAAGCGGUAGAUAUAGAGGAGCUGCACAUAAUUCCUGCAAUUUAAAUUUCAAGGUACCUAAUUUUAUUCCAAUUUUUUUUCAUAAUUUAACAAAUUAUGAUUGUCACAUGUUUAUUAAGGAAUUAAUAACUAAUGGGGAGUAUGUAUCAGCUAUCGCGCAAACUAAAGAAAAAUAUAUUACUUUUUCGAAAUCUAUUCUAGUACACAAAAGUGAUGAUUUAAAACAACAUAAUGUUUAUUUAAAAUUGAGGUUUGUAGAUUCAUUUAGAUUUUUAGCAAAGUCUUUAGAUAAAUUGAGCCAAACAUUAGAGUCUAGUCAAUGCAAUGAAAUAAGAAAGUAUUUCCCAGGUGAAAAAGAGUUUGGUUUAAUGCGCCGAAAGGGUGUAUUUCCAUAUACAUUUAUUGAUAGUUUCAUGAAAUUAGAUGAGAAACAUUUACCAUCGAAAGAAAAAUUUUAUGAUAAUUUAAGGGGGGAACAUAUUACUACAGAAGAUUAUAAGAGAGCCCAAGAGGUGUGGAAACAUUUUAACUGUCAAUCUAUGGGAGAGUACGGAAUGCUAUAUUUAAAGUCAGAUGUGCUUUUACUGGCUGAUAUAUUUGAAAAUUUUAGACAGGUGUGCCUCAAAGAAUAUAAACUGGAUCCUGCACACUAUGUUACAGCACCAUCUCUAACAUGGGAUGCCAUGUUAAAAUAUACUGAUAUCGAGCUUCAACUUUUAACAGAUGUUGACAUGGUUCACUUUUUUAAAAACGGUAUUCGGGGAGGUGUGGCCACUUGUACGAAGCGGAUGAGUAUUGCAAAUAACAAAUUUUUAAGUAAUUUUGACCCAAAAAAACCAGAAACUUACAUUAUGUAUUUAGAUGCCACCAAUCUGUACGGUGCAGCCAUGAGUCAGCCUCUUCCUUGGAAAAAUUUUAGAUGGUUGAGUGAUCAGGAAAUUGAGCAAUUUAGUGUUUUUUAUAUUGAUGAUGAUAGCGAAAAGGGGUAUGUGCUGGAAGUAGAUUUACAUUAUCCGCCCAAUAUUCAUGAACAACAUAAUGAUUCAUGA